UCUGCUGCCUGCACAGAGGAAGGAGGCCACAUGCUCGGGAGAGGGAGAAAUAACGUUACCGGCUUCUGCAGUGUCUUCUCAUUAGAGGCAGCCAUCUGCUGAAUUAUGCAGAGCGCUCUCCGCUGGCCUUGGAGUGGGGUCAUCCUUUGCAGUCACUUAAAGGUGGCUGGGAGAAGCUUUGCAGGCCUCCUAGGGGACAGGACGCAGGGCUCAGGUUUCUCCUUCCAGGGCCCUCUCUGACCCCUAACGACGGCGCUGGGGUAACAGGAGCAGAACCCUGCUUUCGCGGCCCUGAUGAGGUGCGAGGUAGCGCUGGGUUUUCUUUCGCAGCAGAGGGCCCCAGCUCUGAGCCCUGGCGAGGAGGCGGAACCAGGUUUUUUCAGAUCCCUUUAAAUGAGACCAGACGGAGGCAGAGGCAAAUUCAGGCUCCCCAGAGGACAGUUGGGCAUUCAUCCAGAGGCUUGGUGAAGGUUGCCGAACUGUCCCCCUGGCUGGACAUGUGGGGUUUGACAGCUUGCCCGACCAGCUGGUGAAUAAGUCAGUCAGCCAGGGCUUCUGCUUCAACAUCCUGUGCGUGGGAGAGACAGGUUUGGGCAAGUCCACCCUUAUGGACACCCUGUUCAACACCAAGUUCGAGGGGGAGCCAGCCACCCAUACACAGCCAGGUGUCCAGCUCCGGUCCAAUACCUAUGACCUUCAAGAGAGCAACGUGGGCCUGAAGCUCACCAUUGUUAGCACAGUGGGCUUCGGGGAUCAGAUCAACAAGGAAGACAGCUACAAGCCCAUCGUGGAAUUCAUCGACGCCCAAUUUGAGGCCUAUCUGCAGGAGGAGCUGAAGAUCCGCAGGGUACUGCACACCUACCACGACUCCCGCAUCCACGCCUGCUUGUACUUCAUCGCCCCCACGGGUCACUCCUUGAAGUCUCUGGACCUAGUGACGAUGAAGAAGCUGGACAGUAAGGUGAACAUCAUCCCCAUCAUUGCCAAAUCGGAUGCCAUUUCUAAGAGUGAGCUAACGAAGUUCAAAAUCAAAAUCACCAGCGAGCUUGUCAGCAACGGAGUCCAGAUCUACCAGUUCCCCACAGAUGAUGAGUCGGUGGCAGAGAUCAAUGGAACCAUGAACGCCCACCUGCCGUUUGCCGUCAUUGGCAGCACAGAGGAGCUGAAGAUAGGCAACAAGAUGAUGAAGGCGCGGCAGUACCCCUGGGGCACGGUGCAGGUUGAAAAUGAAGCCCACUGCGACUUCGUCAAGCUGCGGGAGAUGCUGAUCCGGGUCAACAUGGAGGACCUCCGGGAGCAGACGCACAGCCGGCACUAUGAGCUGUACCGCCGCUGUAAGCUGGAGGAGAUGGGCUUCAAGGACACCGACCCUGACAGCAAACCCUUCAGUUUACAGGAGACGUAUGAGGCCAAAAGGAAUGAGUUCCUAGGAGAGCUCCAGAAAAAGGAAGAAGAGAUGAGACAGAUGUUCGUCCAGAGAGUCAAAGAGAAAGAAGCUGAACUUAAAGAGGCAGAGAAAGAGCUGCAUGAGAAGUUUGACCGUCUGAAGAAACUACACCAGGACGAGAAAAAGAAGCUGGAGGAUAAGAAGAAAUCCCUGGAUGACGAAGUGAACGCUUUCAAACAGAGAAAGACGGCGGCCGAGCUGCUCCAGUCCCAGGGCUCCCAGGCUGGAGGCUCACAGACGCUGAAAAGAGACAAAGAGAAGAAAAAUAACCCAUGGCUGUGUACUGAAUAGCAUUCCCCGCUACAGCUGGACUGGACUCCAUUUAGCCUUUUAAGCCAAGGUUCCUCUUGUAACUGACAGCUUUCCUUUGGGAUGCCAGGCAGCCGGGUCCCCCCCCACCCCCCGCCCCACCACGUACUUCUACUUCAAGCCCCACUUCUUCUCUUGAUUUCUGCCUCUCAGUCCACCGGCAUGGACCAUGACCACCUUCGUUUUUAUUUUUAUUUUUUUGUGAGGGUUUGUUUUUCUUUGGUCACUUUCUUUCAAAACACAUGUCAAACAAGGUGACGCCCCAUUUCCAGGCCUUUUAGAAGUGUUGAGAAUGGGGAGGGGUUGGUUCUUCAAUAACAGAUAAUAACAGGAGGUGAAAAGUAGAAAAAACAAAAAGCAAACGAAGACAUGCACUUUAUCGUUUCUUCUUGGCAAAGCAAGAGUGUGGCUUUGAUCUGUUCGGCGAGUCACUGAUUUGGCAAGUGGCCAAAAGCAAGUACGAAGGUGAUGCCACCAAAGCACAAGCUAGUUUCUUGAGAAAAUCCAAGUCCCAGUGGAGCAGUUCAGGAGCCCCUGUGGUCCAAGAUUUAAAAAACAAAAAAGCUGGGAGACUUAGCCAAUAGCUCAGGGAGAUGCUAAGUUAGGGUCAGGUCUCCUUGGAAAAGGCUUCUUUUCCGCAGCUUUGGUGUUUCUGUGACCAGGGUCACAGCUGCUUCCGGAGAAUCCCAAACUUAAACCCUCACCCACUCUCCGUCCCUUGGGCUAAUUAUUUGCAUUACAAAUAGGAGGCCCCUCAUUUGCACUUGUUUACAGAUUAACUGCUUGAGGCUUGAGGACCUCCGAAAACUAACUUCGAAAGGUAUUACAGCCAUCCAGCCUUUGAGAGACCUUCAGAGACUAGGCAGGGAUUCCGUAUGGAGACAUUUUGGUCUGGAAGGUAGAUAGGACCCCCCCCCUUUUUUUUAAGAGGAAACAGAGGCCCAGAGAAAUAAAGGGACUUGCGGUCCCAGGGCUGUUUCAUGGCUGAAGCCAGGCUAAAUUGCAUGCCUUCUGACUCCUGAUCCAUUUCACGGAUGGAUUCUGUUCGUGUCUGUUCCUGGAGACAAGUCUUUGGAUGUUCUGGAGAAAUAUUAGUAUUAGGGGGCCUUUGAGGGUUUUAUCCUGUAGAAAAAUAUCCAGGAUAGGGUGGGGAGGGGCGGGCAAAGCAGAGGACUUCCGAUGAUGAUAGGCGUCAAGGGCACCUGUCAGGUGGUCAGCUUCUCUGGGCGUCCAUUUAACAGGUGCCCUGGGUGAUGUUUGUAAUCAGGGAAGUUUGGUAAACAAAAAAAUCUAACCUGCGAGGAGACAUGAGACCUUUAGAAAGUCAACCGAGGCUAUCAAAAGAAUUAAAAUCUUAUUUGAAUUGAGUAGCCUGUCUCACUGUAGACAGAAAGGUUUUUUUUUUCCUUCUUCUGUGAAAAUGCUUUUUAAUUAGUACAGUUGUUACUAUUUAAGAAAAAAUACCCUAAGUACUCUGUUUACUUCUGGUGAAACAAAACCAGUCAUUAGACUCGUUCUGUACCCCACCCCACCCCCACCCCAGACUGGAAUGGAAUGGCUUUUCUGAAAAAUCCCUACGUGUACACACACACACACCCCUCAUUUGUCUUAUUAAGUUUGCUUUCCUAGCUGCAAUACAGAUCACUUUUGGUUUUGUUUAUGUUUUUUUGUUUUAAUCAUUUGACAUUCACAUGUGGCUGUUAAUAUGUGCUUUUCUUUUUAAAUUAAAACAAGAAGCUUUCAA